CAGUUUCCUCGCUGGCGCUGAUCGGAAGCUGAAAGAGCAGCUGUGAGUGCAGUGAUGGCGGAGAUUUAAUCUCUCUCGGUUCCACAGUAAUAUCACUCACUCCGGUCUCACCGGAGACUGUAAUUAAAGGAUCGGAUGACGGGUUGUUAGCCGGCUAGGUAGGCUAAGUGCUCGAAGAGAAGGAGCUACAGGUUUUUGCCACAGUGGCAGAAGCCGAACCAGAACCGGCUGAGUGGACCGGCUAGUCGGGUUUAGCUCAGUGUGAGGAAACAUAUCCGAAUGCGUGUGUGAAUUACACUCGACUGGGUGUAAAAUAAACACGGUUUGCUAAUCUGCUCACCAGGACGAAGGAAAGCGACUUGGUUUCUGAGUUGUUAGCUUUAAUUGUCCAUCACACUGUUCCUGAGCUGCAGUGCGGUGUUGGGAAAUUAAUCCAACACGCGGUACCGAGCCGAGGACGCACAGCAGGUUUGUGGUUCGGGUUCGGGUGUGAAAUGGAUGACUUCAGUUCAAUCAGCCUGCUUUCACUGGCCAUGUUAGUGGGCUGUUAUGUUGCCGGAACCAUUCCGCUGGCUGUCAACUUCUCAGAGGAAAAGUUGAAGCUGGUGACGGUGUUGGGAGCAGGACUGUUAUGUGGUACUGCGCUGGCUGUCAUUAUUCCCGAGGGAGUCCAUGCACUAUAUGAGGAGGUGAUGGAAGCAGGAGACCACGCUCACGGUCCGGCCGAGGUCUCUGCGCCGGAGCAGAAAGCUGCCGAAUCGGCGGUCAGGCCGAGUCACGAACAUGAGCACAGUCAUGAGGAGCUCCAUGCCUUCAUCGGCGUCUCUCUGGUGAUGGGAUUUGUCUUCAUGUUGCUGGUGGACCAGAUUGGCAGCUCACAUUUGCACAGCAGUGAUGAUCCAGAAGCAGCGAGGGCAGCCAGCUCUAAAAUCACCACUACGCUUGGUUUGGUUGUCCAUGCUGCAGCUGAUGGAAUUGCCCUUGGAGCAGCAGCUUCUACCUCACAGACGAGCGUCCAACUCAUUGUGUUCGUGGCCAUCAUGCUUCAUAAGGCUCCUGCUGCCUUUGGCCUCGUCUCAUUCCUCAUGCAUGCAGGUUUAGAGAGGAACCGGAUCAGAAAACACCUGCUGGUCUUCGCCUUGGCUGCUCCUGUUCUGGCUAUGCUCACCUUCCUUGGCCUCAGCCAGAGCAGUAAAGAGGCACUAUCUGACAUCAACGCCACAGGAGUGGCCAUGCUGUUCUCAGCCGGUACCUUCCUCUACGUCGCCACGGUGCACGUCCUGCCCGAGGUGGGAGGCACGGGCGGGCACAGUCACUCAGCUGGAGGCGGUAAAGGACUGAGCAGGGUGGAGAUACUGGCCCUCGUCAUCGGCUGCCUCAUCCCUCUGGUGCUCUCUGUUGGCCAUCACCACUAAAAGAGACUGUUGUGAACACUUUUUUUUAAAAGUGGUGGCCGACUUCUCAUCACGUCUCUGCGUAUGGAUCAGAUCUGUGGCACAGAAAUGGACUUGUGGGGCAACUGUGUGAUCACAUGACCAUAACCCCAAAGUGCUAUGUGCUGAAAGCAGGCAUUAACCGUACCGUACAUAAACAAGUGAUGCCACAGGUUCAUGCUUUUUAAUAGUGUUUUUUGUUCCUUCCUAUACACUUUUUCUCUCAUUGUAGUUUCUGAAAUGUUUCUCUUUAACAAUGGUGAACUGCAACUUUUUUUUUUUUUAAAUAUAAUGUGUGUAGUAUAUUCAUUGAGUCACACGAUUAUUUUUUUUUUUUUUAUGAUGAUGACUAUCUGAGUUCCAUGUUUUUCUUUCUGAUUUUUUUUUCCUCUCCCUCUCAACACAACAGUAUGGAUUCAGUGAAUGACGUUCUUCACGAGCGACUUGGUGUUAGUCAUCUGAGCUUCAGAUUAGACUCCAUGUCUGAGCUGUAUGGCCAUAACGUGUAGACGUUUGCAUAGCAAUAGAGUUUUUCCAGCAUCCAGCUUGUGGUCGAUUUAGUAUUUUCUGCUCAUGAAUUGUGGAGAAGAAAUCAUUUUGUUUAUCAUCAUGAACAAAUAGUUCUGAAGGAGUUUUAGGUUUAGUCGCUACACAGCACCCAUUUAAUGUCUAUUUUCUAAUCUGCCAAAUGUUUUUAAUAUUUCAUUUUUAAACAUCAUGAAACAGAAAUGGGGUCUAUUUUUGGUGGUGAAAAAGUGAAACGGUGUAAGGAUUUUAAACACACACACAAGGGACCACAUGUCAUGUUAAAAGUGGUGGAAAGCUGUGUAAUUUAUCGACCAUGCAGCCUAUUUUCAUAACCGUUUACAUUAGGGUGAAGCUGAUCGGCUGGAAGGAACUGCUCGAGCUUUUUACUUGUUUUGCUUGUUUCUGUGACUCGCACUCAGCUGCUGUUCACUUUGAGAAGCAUCUCUGAGCUCUGCUGAAGGGGUCCGGGGUCAGGGCCAGAUGCUUUUAGUGUAAUUAAUGUGGUGCCUGCCCAAAGCAGAACCUCUGUAUAUAAUGCAUUGUGUACAAAUAAGUCAGAUGAGCUUAAUGAAAACUUCACUUGUAGUCUGACAGUACUGAGUUUAUCCUCAGGCUUUUAGUACAGUUAAUAAGGGCGAGGGGCUUAAUUCAAGUGACGGGGACUGUAAUAAAUUUACAUUGAAUCACAAUAA